ACACUUGAAUUUGGCGCGCAAAAAAAUUGAAACCAACCAAAGCUCAAAACUUUUGGCAUCUUCCACUCAAAUUAUCCUCCAAGAAUUUAUAGAUGAAGCACACGCUACGUCGAUCAUGUGAAAGAGGACUCCUAUUUGCUGAUUGAAGGGUUUUCUGAGGUUUUGCGGCUUGUACGCGCUUGAUGUCGGCGAAAAUGUUGGGCGCUGCUUCGAUGGCCAAGGAAAUUGACGAGGCAAAGGUGUCUCCUGACAGGCCCUCAAAUCAAAGUAAAAGCAUCAAAAGCUUUUUCCAGAGCCGGUCACCCGAGAGUGACAGCUCCCCUAUCAGAGAAAGCCCAUCCCAAGAGAGUAAAGACAGUAAAGAUGCUCCUAGCGAAAGAGAUACUGCCCAAGAUGAUGCAGUUCUUGAGGAAAAACUUGAUGGGAUGACUAGAUUGCAGGGUAGUGGGAAUAAAAGUGAAGAGAAAUCCAUUAAAAAAACUAAACAAAAGUGGUCUUUAACAUGGAGGGUUGCCAACAAGUCCAAACAAAAUACUACCACCACCCCAGACUCUGAUUUUGAAGAGGAUUCCUUGCCCACUUUAGAGUUGGAGGAUAAUGAUGAGAAAAAUUUUAAUAAAGAUAACAAGAAUACCAAGGCAAAGAAGAAGGGAAAAGUGGGUAAAAUUAAAAAUGCUGAUGAAUCCAUAACUAAGGAUGAUAACACAAGUAGAAAUUAUAAAGCAGCUCAAGAUGGGCGAAGUAAAAACAAUGUUUUUACUGUGUUGAUGAGUAAACCAACAUCUCGGCAAGAAUCACAAAGAUCACAAGCUGAAGUUGCCCAUCAAUUACAAACUGAUGAGAAUGUUGACAAGAAAGAUAUAAAAAAGGUUGAAGUAUCAAUAAUAGAAUCACCAUCAACUGCUAAAUGUGUGGAUAGUGCUGAUCUAGAAGAUGAUACGGGAGUUUCAAAUACAACAGAAAAAUCAUCUAUGAAAGGGCCUAAUGCAUUUAAAUUGAUGAUGCAAAAAAGUAGAAGCCCUACAUCUGACAAAGAAGUCACUAAAAAUGUAACUGCAAAGCCUGCUGAAAAGAAAUUUAAGCUGAAUAUCUGUUACUCUAAGAAGAGAACAAACUUUGAAAUUGAAGAUGAUGAUAUUUUCACUGGAGAAAUUAUUGGAGGUAAUAAGAAGUACAAAUCUGCUGAUGCAAAUAGUAGCAUAAAUAGCAAAGGUAGAAGAGGGACAUCUAGGAAAGCAGACAAUACUGAGAAAUGCUCUGAUGAAGGUGUGGAUGACAAUGGUGGAAGCAGGGGGUACAAUACUACAAACCCAAAUGAAUCAUCUAAGAAAACUAAAAUCAAAAAUAAGAAUGUAAAGAAACAAAAUGAGUCAUUAGAUGCUAAGGAACCAGUCAAUAUCUCAGACAGCUCAAAUCUGAGCAGCCCAAAUAGCUGUCAAAUUGUUGAAAAAAAGGAAAAGUCAGUGAAAAGAAGAAGAAAAAGGGAGGGUGACCAAGAUUCUACCAUAAAGUCAUCAGGAAGCGAGGACUUUGACCCCCCUCCUAGACGGCCAGGCCUUAGAAGUAGAACCAAAUUGACGCAAAGUGUAGAGGAAGUUGAUACUGAGAGUGAAAGAGAUGAGAAAGAGAAAAAGAAGAGAAGUAAAAAGAAGGAGAAGGAAGGGACUUCCCUUAAAAAUCCUUUGACAGACCAGGAGGCAAGGUCACAGAACAACACCCAAACAAUUGUUCCGCAAAAGCUAGCCCCCAUUUUCCUGCAAAGACCAAAACCACAGAAGAAUGUAACACCUGCUUCAACAUCAAAAGACCAAACAGAAGCUACUUCCACAGACAAACUCAAGCAAAAAUCAGCAGAAGUUAUUAGACCUGAGAUCCCAGCAGUUAACCAAGAAGAAUUAGCAGCAGCUAACAAGGUAUUUAACUCCCUCUUUUCUGGGAGCAGAGGGGUGAAGGGGAUAUCAUCCACUGUGCAGAUUACAGCUGACAUGCCAGCGCCAUGGCCGACUGUCAGUCAUGUGCUUCAAGCGGAGGAGUCGUCAUGGAAACUUGAGGAACCAGUCUGGGGUCGGUUUAAGUUGGGUGAUUAUAAAGUGAAUGUAAUGCCAGAGAUGUCAAGUCUUGCUUUAGGAGAUGUCACCCACUCCUCCAAUCGAUACCUUAGAAGAGAAAAGCAGGAACAAGUCCCCCAAUAUGAGCCCCUGAGCUCUGCUAUGGUAAAGAAAGUCCUCUCUGACAUCUCAGCCCAUUAUCCUGGCAUUCCAGUCAAGAAGCUGUAUAAGCAAUAUAAGGCAAAGGAGGAUGAAGCUAGAAGCUUUGCCAAAGUGAAGGCAGGGUAUCCUACAGAAAAAGAAGACAGUAUAGAUGGAAUGGUUGAUGAGAAAACCAAGGCAAAGAUCAGCAAAAAUAAAUCUGUAAAGACAAAGGGAGGAUCCAAGAGGAAGCUGUCAGUUGAAAGUGGGGAAGAGGGGUCUUGUAAAAAGCAGCUGAAGAAAGAACAGUUCGAUGAGGAAGUCCUGGACAAAGGUAAAAUAAAAGAGGAUAAGAAACCAGAUAAACGCUUUUCAAGAAAAGGACAAAAGAGAGAAAGAAGUGUUGAUUAUCAGUCAGAAUGUCAGAGACGUUCUACUCGUACAAGAACACCGUCUUCAAAAAUUGAACCAGAGGGAAAAGUGGAAAAGAAAACAGAGACUUCAAAAACAAAAAAGCGCAAGACUAUGGAUGAUUCAACUGAUGACAUUAGAAAAACUGAUAAAACAGAUGGUGAAACAAAAACCCCCAAGACCUUGCCAUCUGAGGACUCUAGGUUAUCUCAAGAAGGUCAAAGGGCUGCUAGUGUACAGGAACUUCCCUGGAGUGAAAGGUUUAAGCCAACCUGCUCAUCUGAAGUCAUGGGGAAUGCGUCGACCACCACACGGCUCAGAACAUGGCUGGAACAAUGGAAGAUCAAGCGGGAGAAGACACUACGCAAGGAGCUUGAGUUACAGAAAAGACUCCUUGCCAAACAAAAUAAGUCCAAGGCUGCAAGCUCAUCCAUGUGGAAGGAGGACAGCGACUCAGACUUUCAACAAAGUGACUCAGACAGUGAGGGAAGCUGUGUGGAGGACAGUGGACUCUGUAAUGCCAUGCUUGUUGUCGGCCCAAGGGGUGCUGGGAAGACAGCGUCCAUUUAUGCAUGUGCUGGAGAACUUGGAUACAAGGUGUUUGAGGUUAACUGCACUUCUAAGCGCUCCAGCAAACACAUCAUCUCCCAACUGGAAGAAGCUACACAGUCUCAUCUUGUGAUGACCAACCCAUCAACCACUACCCCCCACUCGUCUGCUUUUGGUGGCCUGUUCAAGAAUAUCUCAGAAAAAAUAGAGCCCCCAGUGAAAAAUCCUGUCUCAGCAUUCUUCAAAUCAUCAGAAAAGGAUAAACCUAAAGAAAAGUUGUCCAAGAAGAGAGGGCGCAAAAGUGAAAAAGGCCAAAAAAGUGAGCGAAAAGAGAAAAAAGAAGAAAAUGAUCAGAGAAUGGAUGGCUCUGAUGGCAGCUCAAGUAAAAAGAUUUCUAUCAAGGCAGCAUCUCUGAUUUUAUUUGAAGAGGUUGAUGUAAUUUUUGAAGAAGACCGUUCUUUCUGGGCCGCAGUCAAUUCCUUCAUGCGCAACACAAAGUGUCCGAUCAUCAUGACUAGUAAUGAUGUACAUGUUGGAUGUGACGGGCGGUAUGAACAGCUGUUAUUCAAACUCCCGUCAAUCAACCUCUUGUCAGCCCAUCUUCAACUUACUGCACUCAUUAAUCAUGUGGUUAUCCAACCCAGCGACAUCAAGGCCCUCGUCUCUUUAUAUGGAAGUGACAUUCGGCAAUGUUUCCUAAUGUUGCAAUUCUGGCUACUCUCUGGGGGAGGGAAGAGUAUGGAAUAUGCACAGUCUUCCUUAGAUGAGGCUGCAAAGAAUGUAAAACAGACAGGGUUUCUCUCUGUUCAGACGGAGCCCUCAAGCCAAGGUGUCAGCAGUCUUCCAACAGGGAGCAUGAGCAUUAUGGAGGAUGCCGGAGAGGAGAGCAUGUUCCUUUCAUUGGAUGAUUGGCAGUCACUCAGAGAGACGAGAAGAAGAGGCAAGGCAGGAGCCGAUAUCAUCAACAGCACACAGCUAUAUCAGCAUAAACAACAUGAACUUUACCAUGGCAAAAUGAUAAGUCAACCAUUGGGACAGGUAUACCACCAUUUUACACAGGAUGUAGAAUGUGACACGGAUGCAUCUCAGGGUGUGGUCUCUGACAUGCUUGAGGACACCCGGACAGAGUCCAUGCUAGCAGAGGCCAUGACGACAGAGAGUCAGUCACUACAAGUGACACCUGGCACAGCAGUGGAUGGGCCACUACCCAGAGUGCAUUUCGGGCUGACUGAGAGUGCCCUUGGGAUUCUGAACUGUGCAAAGGAUGCUGGGAAAUGCUGGAAUGAGAUGUUUCAAGAGGAGGACACACGGGAAAGGGUCUUCAGAUCUGAGAAACUGACGAACCUCACAACGUUCACACAAUCCUCCGGCUUCUCCAUCGUAACUAGCAACCUCGCCUCUUUCCUACCGAGGCUGUUUGCCCCCAAACACAGCAUCUCAAAAUACGAAAAACAGGUUACAAUACAUGACAAACCUGUUUUUGAAAAGACAGCUGUUGGGUCCCUCUUCAUGGACAAGAAUAUUUUUGAUGAUGACGUUUCUAGUGAAGGUGCGCAGGCAGGAGUUACAAAUAUGGACAUGGAAACAAAGGCAACCAAUGGCAAAGAGGAGGAGCAAUCACGUGGUAAACAUCCCCGGACGCAACUCACAGGUAAAGCAAAAAUUCUAAACGACAAAGCUCUGGAUGUGUUCACAAACCUUGUUGAAGACAGGUCAUUCAUGGACUCCUAUAUUCCGAGCUCACACCCCAAACCAGCGGUAUUCGGGUGGUGGCAUGCGCACAUCAAACCAGGCAUCAGUGACGAUGUCAUUACCAUCAGAGACCGCCGUGAUUUGCUAAUGAAAUCGAGGCUGACUGCCAUUCGUGGUGCUCUAGAAGUUGCAAGUUUUAGAAACUCUCAGUCGACCUAUCGUGAUUUUGUGGAACUUACAGGGGAGGGCUCAGGAGAGGACUUGCAUUCCCCUCCUGAAGAAGACUGGGUCGGUGUUUUACCGCUGGGUGAAAUGUCUGACGUCAUAGGAUUGGAAGAGCUCACAGACCCCCAUCAAAGAAGGGUGUCGUCGCAGAGCAAGUUGUACCGCAGUGUGUCCUCCGCUCUACCCCCGAAUAUUUACUGCUGUCAUCGCGCCGUCUGCACGGAGUACCUCCCCACACUCAGGGCAAUCUGCCACACUGAGAGGCUUAGGGAGGCAGCCAACACUAAGAGAAGGUUUCUCCAUUAUCUGAACUCAAACUCGUUCCCAUUCUCUCGCACUACACUUCAGUCUAUUGCUGAUUCCUAUCUUGGGUGAAUGACACCUGUCAAUCACAGUAAUGGCACCUGUCAAUCACAAUAAGCAUGUCUAUAUAUGUGGAAAUGAUAAAAGUUCUCCUUAUCCAUUUACCAUUUGGUAAUUGCUCUAAAGUUUAUCGAGUGAGUGGCAUCUGUCAAUCAAAAACAAAUGAGCAUUUCCAAAAAAAAAAGAUAUAAAUUCUCUCCAGCCUUUCGCCAUAUUUGGUAAAAACUUCUGUGUAUGUGAAAGCAAUGAGCAUUUUUAUAUAUGAAAUGAUGUGAAGUUCGCCUAACCCAUUAACCAUAUUUGGUAAAAGAUCGUGUCUAUAUAUAGUCCUAUUAUCUGUACCUUACCAGGACUAAUAGAUGUCAAAAUGAAGAAUAAACGCACAGUCAAAUUGAUCUAGUCAUUCAGCCAUAUAUGGUGAGCGCUCUACCUAUAUGGAAAGAUGCAUUCCCAUAUUUGGAAUGUCCAUAUUUGUAGACUGCACUUCGCGCCAUAUAUAGAGUUAGCUAGUGUUAUACCUUAUAUAUUUGUAAAUACUGCAUCUGAAUAAAGCGACAAUACUGCA